AUGUCCCCUGAGCAAAACGGCGUCUCCCAGCCACCCAAGGGGUUUCCGCCCCUUAUCCAUGGACCAACGAAGUGGUCCGGAUUAGAUCCUGACAAAAUGCAGCCACAUAGACUUGACCUGGACGGCCCCGAUGUAGCGGCAAUAGGGGAGACUUUGCAGUCGUUCCAUGAACUCGAGCUGGAUGGCGACGAGGUAACACGAGGGUAUUUCCCUCUUCCGAGUCUCCAAGAUAGGCUUGAAAAAUGUGCUUUCGAAGUUCAUCAUGGCUGCGGGAUAUGUAUUAUUCGUGGACUAACCCCCGAUAAUUAUACUAUUGAGGAUAAUAUUGUCCUCUUUCUCGCGAUUGCAAGCCAUAUCGGAGACGAAAGGGGUCUUCAAAAUGCUAAAGGUGACAUGUUAUCCCAUGUUACCGAGUCCAAGUCAUGGACGGUGCCCAAGGAGAAACGACACGGGAUACAUACUAACUAUAGUUUGCCAUUCCACAACGAUAUGGGAUGCGAGAUCCUGUCUAUCCAAGUCCGAGACCAAGCCAAUGAGGGUGGACGUACCUGCAUAGCGUCCAUGGCCGCUAUCUAUAAUGACCUGGUACAGACAAAGCCUUGGGUCCUCCAUGCCCUGGCGAAGCACGACUGGCCAAUUCAAGCAAGAGAACCCCCUUUUGUUCUAUCCCCGUUAAUAGAGUACCAUGCCGGCAACCUAUUAGUUUCGAUAGACCCUUCUCGUAUAGGACCGCACCCCUUAAUUCGUAACGGCUCGAUCCCGACCCUUACACCAGAGCAACAGGAGGCACUCGUUGUGCUCGAAGAGACGGCGCGAAAACAUCAGAUACAACUUGAUACCCAGCCUGGCGAUCUGAUAUUUAUCAACAACCUUGCCCUUCUGCACGGUAGAGAGUCGUACCUAGAUAGUAAUACCUCAUCAAGACAUCUAGUGCGACUUUGGCUACGCAAUACGCAACUGGGUUGGCCGAUCCCUUCUUCGAUGAACAUGCCGUGGGACGCUGCCUUUGGGGAAAGAGCUAGGAAAGUGAUGGACAGAUAUUAUCCGAUAAUGCCGAUGCCCGAGUAUAUAGAGUGCAAGUACUCUAACGGGACGGCAGCGUUCGUCGCCGAUGAUGAUGAUUAUGACGAGGGGAGUGACUCUGGAUGUCACCAGAAUCCUGACACUGGGUCGAAAUACACAGAGGAAGAUGUUUUUGUUCGCUGGAAUCUCGGCUGA